CGGUGUCUGGCAGCCGCACAGCACGCCAUCCGCACCCGACCUCCGCUGCUCACCGCGCAAGUCCGCCUCCAGCGCCCACCAUGGCCACGCUUAAGCAAUUAGAAGGAAGAUGGCGACUGGUGGACAGCCAAGGCUUUGAUGAGUACAUGAAGGAAAUAGGAGUGGGACUUGCUCUGCGCAAAAUGGGUGCAAUGGCCAAGCCAGACUGUGUCAUCACUUGUGACGGCAACAAGGUUGACAUAAAAACUGAAAGCACUCUGAAAACAACACAGUUUUCUUGUGUCCUGGGAGAGCAGUUUGAAGAAACUACAGCUGAUGGCAGGAAAACUCAGACGGUCUGUAACUUCAAUGAUGGUGCAUUGGUUCAGCAUCAGGCGUGGGACGGGAAGGAAAGCACAAUAACAAGGAAACUGAAAGAUGGGAAGUUGGUGGUGGAAUGUGUCAUGAACAAUGUCACCUGUACUCGGGUCUAUGAGAAAGUAGAAUAAAAAUGCCAUCAUCAUUUUGGACAGGAAUUAGCUGGAAGAAUAAAAAAGCUCAGUUCAAUGAGCAACUCUCCAUACAACUACUUUUUUUUUUCACUACUAUGUUCAGUAAUCUUUAUCACAGACAUUUUAAGUGCAACAGUUUCAAAGUGAUGGUUUAACUGGCCUCUUCCCUUUGGUUAGCAAAUAAAUGUGUUUGUGCUAA